UUUGUGAGGGUGAGGUUCCAAAAAUCUCUCUAAAAUAAAUUAAAAACUCAUCUCUCUUCUGCCAAGAAUCUCCCUUUGUGUAAGAAAAGCUUAAACCUUUUCUGUGUGUUCUUCGACCAUGACAAGGGUUAGCUUCUUGCUUGCUCUGGUAAUGACGGUGGUGGUGAUUCUCACUCCUUCAGUCGUCUCCGGCGAAAAUGGUUUCUCCGAUCUCAAAAUCCGCACCCACUUAAAAAGACUCAACAAGCCAGCUCUCAAAUCCAUAAAGAGCCCAGAUGGAGAUAUAAUAGAUUGUGUCCCAAUCACCGACCAACCAGCUUUGGCUCAUCCUCUGCUCAUUAACCACACUGUCCAGAUGAUUCCAAGUGUCAACCCAGAGAGUGUCUUUAGCGAGAGCAAAGUUUCAUCAAACACCAAGAAUCAGCAGUAUAGUGCUGCUAUAUCUCAGCUUUGGCAUGUGAAUGGGAAAUGCCCAGAGAACACAGUUCCAAUCAGAAGAACGACAAAGCAAGAUCUUUAUCGAGCGAGUUCCGUUGAGAAGUUCGGUAUGAAGAGUCAGAAAAGUAUCCUUAAGCGUAAAUCUUAUGAGCCAGCUAGUGUCCUUACACAAAAUGGUCAUCAGCAUGCGAUAAUGUAUGUGGAAGAUGGAGUUUUCUACGGGGCGAAAGCGAAGAUCAAUGUAUGGAAACCGAACGUGGAGAUGCCUAAUGAGUUUAGCUUGGCUCAGAUUUGGGUUUUGGGUGGAAACUUCAAUUCUGAUCUUAAUAGUAUCGAAGCUGGCUGGCAGGUAAGUCCACAGUUGUAUGGUGAUAGUCGCACCAGGCUCUUCACUUAUUGGACUAGUGAUGCAUACCAAGGAACAGGCUGCUACAAUCUUCUGUGCUCAGGAUUCGUUCAAAUCAAUAGGGAGAUUGCAAUGGGUGGAUCAAUCUCGCCUCUGUCAAGCUUUGGAGACUCUCAGUAUGACAUUACCAUACUUAUCUGGAAGGAUCCAAAAGAAGGACACUGGUGGUUACAAUUUGGAGAGAAGUACAUAAUAGGAUACUGGCCAGCUUCACUCUUCUCUUACUUAUCAGAAAGUGCAUCAAUGAUCGAAUGGGGUGGUGAAGUGGUUAACUCGCAGUCUGAGGAAGGACAACACACUACAACUCAGAUGGGAAGUGGGAGGUUCGCAGGGGAAGGUUGGGGCAAAGCUAGUUACUUCAAGAACAUUCAAAUAGUUGAUGGAUCAAAUGAGCUGAGAAGCCCUGAUAAUCUUCAAGUGUUCACUGAUCAAGAGAACUGUUACAAUGUCAAGAGUGGCAGUGGAGGUUCUUGGGGAAGUCACUUCUAUUAUGGUGGUCCGGGUAGAAACCCUAGUUGCCCCUAAGAUCCGUGUACCUAGAUCAUUCCAAAUUAAUCAUCAACUGUAUAAAGCAUAUAUUAUAUAUACACAUUCUUAAGUAUAUUGGUUUCGGAUUGCAAGAGUGGCUUAUUGAUUGUUUCUAUGGUGUGAAGAGAAAAUGAAUUUCUAUAAAGAACAUUGUCACAUGUGUAUACUGAAAUCUAUAUGAUCACAUCAAUGAAUGAUAUUUAUUUUGUUAA